UAUACUGUAACCUCAUAUUAGAUGGGCUUAUAAAUUUAAUUACCCCCUGUACUAACUAAUCAAAAAAAAUUUAGAGAUUAAAAAGAUGAUAGUAUAAAAAUUUUUAAAUUGCGGAAGGUCGUGCUAUUUAGGAGUUGUAUUUCUUUCACUUAAAAAUGAAUUCUACUUGUUGCUGUUGCUGGGAAAAAUAUGACGAAAGAUCAAAAUCAUUGAAAAAAAUUAAUAAAAACUUAGAAUAACAAAUUAAAAUGUUUAUCUUUCCUGGAUAUUCGAUGAACAACGAUUGCUAUCCAUCAGUUGUUUGUCCUGGUUGCCGAAGAAAUCUUUACAGACUCAAAAAGGGAGACUCACCUCGUGGUGAAUGGGUAGCUAAGGUUACCAAGGUAGAGUGGAAAACCCUUUUGAGAAAUAGCCCCAGAACCAGUCUAACUCUUCCAGAUGAGAUUACUAAUUUUCCGACAACUAAGUCAAGUAUAUGUUCUUUUUGCUAUUCAUUGCCUGCACCUGGUUAUUCUCAUAACUGUACACCCACCAGUGCUGUGGCAAAUACCAUUACACUGUCAUUUCUUCUAGGUUCUCUUCAAGCUGAACCGGUAAAAAAAACUAUAUUUUGUUUAUAAGUUUUUAGUUUUUUAUGCAAAUUUCAUUUUGUGAAAACUUUACGUAGGUUGCUUCUGGAAUUAUAAAAAGUAAAAUGGCUGCAGAAAGUUUGGUUGACAGAUCAACAUUUUGUUUAUCUACAGGAGGAAAUCCGCUAAAAGUCACAGUUGGUACACCAGAAAACAAAUCAAAAAGAACUUCUAUUAAGCAGCUUUCUAUCGAAAUAAUAAAGCAAUUACAAAUUGUGUUAGAACUUUCAAAUAGAAAAACAAAAGAGAUGCUUUCUACUUUACGCAAAGGUUUAGGAAAUAAGCUUUCCAUUGAGCUUAAUAUUUUUGGUCGUCUUUCUGAAUUAGAAGAAUAUAUAUCUAAUUACUACAGUGUGCAGAAGUGCAAGUUUAUUGAUAGCAAAGGCCAUUUAAUUUUACGAGAUCUUGUAUAUGUUCAAAAUACAUUAAAUUUUGUACUUGACUUAUUAAAAUUGCGUGGUUUAGACCCAACUUCAGCCUUUAUAAGAAUUUCAUUGGAUGGUGGAGGUUUAUUUUUUAAAGUAAUCAUCAAUGUCUUUGAUUGUCAAAAAGAUAAUGAGUCAGACGAGUACUUAAAUAGUGGCGUUCAACGGUCUCAAUUUUUAGCUAUUGUUGAAGAUAUUCCUGAAUCUAACUAUAAUUUGAGACUUGUUAUAGAAAAAUUAAAUUUGCAAGAUGUCAGUUUUUAUGUUGCUUUUGACUUGAAAUGUGGAAAUGCACUGUUUGGUUUAUCAGGACAUUCUGGAAAAAAAGCUUGUUUAUGGUGUGAAGGAAUAUCUACAUUAAAUUUAGAGACAAAACGAACUCUUGGCAGUAUUGAUUAUUGGUACAAUAAAUAUUUAGAAAAUAACUCAGUAAAAUCAUCCAUGCAAGAGUUUAUGAACUGCAUCAAUCCUCGAAUUUUAUAUAUUAGUUUAGAUCCAAAUAAUUUAAUUGAGCAACUCAUUCCUCCACCUGAACUUCAUUUGUUAAUUGGUUUUGUUUCACUGCUUGGAAAUUUUUUGUUAGAUGUCUGGCCAGGAUUUGAUGAUUGGCUAAAGUCAAAAAAUGUUAUUCAGCGAGGGUACCAAGGCAGAGGCUGGGACGGAAACAACUUGAAUAAAAUAUAUUAGAAAAUAUUAUAUUAUUAAAUAUAUUAGAAAAUCUGGAUUCUCUUGAAACACAAAUUUUAGAAACAUUUACUUGUUUGAUUCCAAUUGUACAGUGUUUGAGAGAUUUUAGAAAUGUAAAAAAUUGUUGCUUUUCCAGCAAUCUACAAACUGGCUUCAAAGAAGCAAUAACAAAUUUAAAGAAUUCAUGUCUUUCCGCACAAGAAGUUGCAGUAAAUUUAAAUAAACAAAUAAAUACAACAUGGAAAGUCCACAUUCUACUGUGUCAUGUACAGCCAUAUGUGGAACACCAUAACAAAGGAUUGGGUAACUUUGCUGAACAAUGUGGAGAAAGUAUUCAUGCAAAGUUUAAGCCAACAUGGACAAGGUUUAAGAGACAAAUAGAGCAUUCCGAACAUGGUGACAGGCUAUUAUCAGCAGUAGUUGAUUUUGGAGCAAAAAGAAUUUGAUUUUGUUUAUAAAUUUAUUUAUAUAGUUAUAUGUAUAUAUGUAUAUUUAUAUU